AUGGCUCCGACGCCACCCGUUGCUGCGCCGUCGGGAGUGAAGAAACGCGGCCAACGUGGGAGCUACAAGACGCUCACGAUGGCGAAGAAAGCGGAGAUAAUUCGCCAGGUAGAAGGCGGCCGACCUCAGUCUGAAGUUGCUCGGGAAUUUUCCGUUUCCAAGCAAACCGUCUCGGACUACCUCAAGCAGAAGGCUAAGAUCCUGGAGGCAGCUGAGAAAGCGUCUGCGGGUACGCAAAAAAAUUUCUGGGACGGCAGCCACCCGCAGCUUGAAGAGGCGCUGAACAUGUGGUUGGGUGCCACGGUGGCUAGGAAUAUACCCGUGUCUGGCGAUCUGCUCAGACAGAAAGCAGAGACGCUCGCCCUGCGCAUGGAUAUUACCGGCUGCAGGUUCAGUGAUGGCUGGUUGCGCAACUCUAAGAAAAGGUACGACCUGGCCUUCAAGCGAAUGUGCGGCAAGAGUGGUUCCGUCGACCAAACGCUCGUGACCAACUACCGCGCCGACAAGCUGUGCGCACUGCUGCACCAGCAUCCACCAGAAAACGUCUUUAAUUGUGACGAGACUGGACUUUUCUAUAAGAUGCUGCCCGACAAGACGUUAGCUUUGUCUGGCGAACCCUGUCAUGGGGGGAAGCAUAGCAAGGAGCGUCUAACAGUUGUUGUAGGAGGCAACAUGACGGGGACGAAGAAACUUCCACUCCUCGUAAUAGGGAAAUCAAAGAAUCCGAGAUGUUUUAAAGGCGUCAAAUCACUCCCUGUGUGGUAUGAAGCAAAUUCGAAGGCGUGGAUUACGCAAAACCUCUUCGAGCAGUACCUUCGCAAGCUCGACCGCCGGUACGAACAGCAAAAUCGCAAGGUGCUGAUGUUCGUCGACAACUGCGGUGCCCAUGGGCAUAUCGACAACUUGAAGGCUAUGACAGUUGAGUUUUUGCCGCCUAACACGACAAGCGUGUUGCAGCCCAUGGACCAGGGCGUGAUCAAAAACUUGAAAGUUCAUUACCGGUCGCGCCUCCUGAAUCGUAUGCUGUUAUGCGUCGACAGUAACAAAAACUACGUCGUUGAUGUUCUGACGGCCAUCAGCAUGUUGUCCGAUGCCUGGAAGUCAGUGACUCAGGAAACGAUCCACAACUGCUUCCGCCACGCAGGAUUUAUGACUGGGAUUGAGGACAGUGCCACAGACCAGAACCCCGCGGUUGAGUGUCCGCCUACCGCAGCAGCGGACAUUUUGGACGACCUCCGUGCUAGCGGGGUCGAUGUGGGGGCGGGUACGUUUGAAGAGUUCGCGAACAUCGACAGUGCCGUUUUGCCUUGCGCAGAGUUGGACGAUGACGAGAUCGUCCGUCAGGUCUGUGAGCCGGCGCUGGCGGACAGUGACUCCGACGAUGACGCGCCGCCCGCACCACAACCAUCAAAUGCGGACUUGGCGCAGGCCAUAUCGAUGCUGUUGUCUGUCUACAGCGACGGCCAGACACUCGCAGAGGUACAGGCCGACGUGGUCGCGCGUAAGCGUGUGUGUGUGCAGACGCGCAUAGACAGUUUUUUCGGGCGAUCGGGCCAAUAAAAGUGCUUUUUUUCGAGUGAA